CCUUGGCUCGUUGAUCUUCAUUGCGUGGGUUGUACAGUAAUAUCAUGGAGGGUGUGCUGUGGAAACGAGGAAAGACGCUGGUGAGUUCGUGGCACGAGCGGUACUUUGUGCUCAAGGACGCGACGUUGGCGUACUUCUCCAAGGCUGGAGAUCUGCAGACCCGCGGGAUGAUCGAGCUCACCACGGACGCGCAUGUGUCUGCCAUCGAGCUCAAAAAGAAACACAGCUCCAAGUCGCUGUACUGCUUCUCCAUCUUUUUCCUGCAUGCCCUGCCAAAGGACCAUCAUCAACCUGCGGGGUUCAUGGUCGGGUGCGAGAGCCGCGAGUACGCCACAUGUUGGCGAAAUGCCAUCAUCCACGCCAUCGACAACACGGACGUCUCGGUCGACCACCAUCCCCGUAGCCCAACGACGGCGCCGGCAACAGCUGCAUCGUCGUCUUCUUCUUCGUCCUCCUCCCUUCGCCGCGAGCCAAUCCACAUGGGUCAACCGUCUUCAACGUCGUCGUUGGACUUGCAGCAACAGGACGUUGGCCGCCGCGAGCUUUUGGCCAAGAUGGAUCGCAAGUGGCCCAUGUUCCGAGGCACGUACGACGUCUGCAGUGUCGUCGGCGGCAUGACCAUCCAUUCCGAGCAGCGCAGCAGCAAGCCAGCUGGUAGUGGUGACGCGUCGGCGUCAUCGUCCAAGCCAGAGUGGCAGAGCUGGCAGCAGCUCAACUCGCUACUCGUGUCGGCCAUCUCCGUGGCCGUGAUUUCGUUUGUGGCAGGCGGCAUUGGCGGGAUCUCAAUCCCAACUUCGUUUGCAUUUGCAUUGGCCGCGGCCGGCGGCACCCUGUGGCUGCGGUCUGCCGACGAGGACGAGGACGUUCCGAGCUUCAAAGCGUCUCGCGUGGUGCCAGGGACGCCGCUCGAAGUGUUUCGGCUACUCGUCGACACGUCCGUGCGCGGCCUGUGGGACGGAGCCGUCGACUCGAUGCGUGUCCUGCAAACCCUCGACGCUCAUUCGGACAUUGUCCACAUCGUGUUCAAGCCCGUGUGGCUGUGGCCUCUAUGGCUGCCAGCUAGCGACGCGUGCUUGCUGCGGUACUGGCGAGAGACGGAAGAUGGUUCGUAUGUGUUGUGUGUGCAGAGUGCAGUGCACGCCGAAUGCCCAGUCACCGACCACGUCCGAGUGUUGUGCCAAGGAGGAGGCGUCACCGUGUCUCCGCGAUGUACGUCCAGUGCCAGUACUUCGGAUGUUCCGACUUCCCUCGUCAGCAUGGUCGUGCAUGCCAAUCCCCAAGGGUUGUUUGGCGCGUGGAUGCGCCGGAUGCAUGUAGUAUUUCAGUACAUUCAGCCGCAGUUGUUGGCCCUGAUCGGGCUGGAAGAAGCGAUGGAAGCGCGCAAGUACAUGGCAUUAGCCCACGACGCCGCGACGGACGAGGACGAAUACGAGGACAGCGCAAAGGACGGCCAACCCGCGGCCAGGAAGCCCGUAGAGGUCGCGAUGGAGCUGCCGACGUGUAUGCCCCGACAUGUGUGGAGCGAACCUCCUGUGGGGUUUACCAUGGUUCGUGGCCCUGACUACAUGACAAACCGGAAAAAGGUGGCGUCGGCGGCGCCCGCGUUCCGCCUCGCGGGGGUCGACAUCUUUGAGACGGGGGCUGUGUCCGUCGAGCACAUCUGCGCGCGUCCGGAUAACGUCAUGCAGACGGUGCCGGACCAGCCGUUCGCGUUUGUGCUCAACUUCCUGCUCCCAGGCCCCCCCAAGUACUCCCUUGUACUCUACUACCACGUCCCCCACCCCAGCGUUCUCACUGACGGGUCCCCAUUUGCCGAGCUCAUGACGGAUUUCCUCGAUGGCACGGACGAGUACCGGAACGAGCGGUUCAAGUUGAUUCCGUCGAUCGUGGAAGGCAAUUUCAUUGUCAAGCAGGCGGUGGGGUCUACACCCGCCGUGAUCGGCAACAAGCUGCGGCAGCCGUACUUCAAAACGCCCAAGUACUUUGAGCUGGACAUCGACGUCACGAGCAGCGCCGUGGCCAAUCGCGUGACGGGGCUCGUACUGGGCUUCACAAAGAAGCUGAUCGUGGACAUGAGCUUCCUCGUCGAAGGCAAACACGGCCAUGAGCUCCCCGAGCGACUCUUUGGCGCGUGUCGGUUGAGCUUCGUCGACAUGGCACAUGCAAAAAAGCUCGUGUAAUGAUUAAGCUGAUAUACAUGGACCGACCAGUAGUCAACGUACGUCGCCACGAAGAACGAUCGAAAAUACAUGUCAAUGUGUGAUCAUGAUAAAGCCCCUGUGCUAACAUGAACAGUAUGUACACUG